CGCCCUAUAGCGAAAACCUCUCAAAUAAAAAAAGAAAAAAAAAGGUCUCUGGACUGACAAGUCCGGGAAAGACCACAAAGUGUGUAGCAGGCAGCCACCUGAUAGAGAAGGUCUAUGACAAGAUGAUAGCACCUGGGGGAUUUCUCAGUGGCUGCACCCAGGCUGGACACAAGUCCAGAGUAAACUGUAGGAGGGAACCUGAAAGCUUUGGGUACCAGAAGUUUAAGGUAAGUGACCUCUGGGUUGUGGUCACCUUUAAGAAAGCAUCCAAACUCUUGAACCAUUUCCUCUCCAUGUCUACAUCCAAGACCCUUCAAUUGUAGAGUGCCCUGUCCUGCCCUAGGCCCACACCUCACCAAGAUGCUAUCAAGACCUGAAGAUCCUUGAGACAAAUUCCAGAGAGGAGUCUUUAAGUCUAUCCCAAGACAGGAGGGAGAGUUUUCAGUGGAGAGAUUUUAGUCCCUUCUUUGGGAACUGAAGUCCCUUCUGAUUGUUGAUCCAGCCCUGCAGCAGAUAAAGGCUGCCCAGGGAAGGUGUGAGUCCAGUCCAAGGGAAAGCCUACCCCAUAGAGGGUGGCUGGCCCUAGAGCAGAUACCAUACCUGCAAUAACUAGAGGAGGACUGGAGUAUUAUUGGUGUAUGACUUAGUUUAUGUUCCAAAUACAGAGCCAGACAUGAAGGUAGAAAUCCCCAAAACAGGAGUAGAACUUCCUCAAGGAGCCAAGGGUGUUCAACCCAGCAACAUGUGCCCACCUAUGCCCCACCCUGGGUGGUUCCCAGCUUCCUGGAAAGGACUGAGUGAGGAAGGGUAGGAGUUUUGCCCUGGAGGGGAAGGAGAAGAGGAAUGAAGUCUGACCAUGAAAUUAGGAGAGAGGGAUGGGAAGGAGAUGAGAAGUUAGGGCUGUAGCAGGAAGACUGGAUGCAGAGGGUGCAGAGGUUGGAGAUUAGGGUAUUACUGAACCUAGGUGGGGAGGGAGGAUGUUCCUCCAGGCCCAUAGUGGAAAGAGACUGGGAUUUGAGUAGAACAAAAUAGUUCUACUCAAUUAAGUUCUUGAGGCUGAUGUCUCCAACAAACAAGGGACUGAGCCUAGAAACCCCAGACCCCUACUGGGAAGAGGCUGACAUUCCUGGAACAGGACUAGACAAAAACAGGAAGGUACAAUUUCUUGGGUCUUGCAUGUGCUUUGACAAUAGCAACCUGUCACCAAAGAGCUUUUUAUCUUCCCUCCUGAUCCACCCCCCAACUUUCCUCUCUAUCUUAUCUCUCUGGGAAAGCCCCCACCUCUGCAUCUCCAAGGCAACUUCAAUACCCAAUAGGGCCUUCUGCCAGUUACACUGAACAUAGCUGUUCCCAGCCAAGACCCCUCCUCAGCCAGAAGGGCCUGCAUUAGGGACCUAGUCCCAUCAUUUCUCCUGAUAAGGCAGGCAAGCCAGGGCAGAAAGUGGGGAGGGGAAGAUCAAGGCAAGUUGGUGCUAGCCUGCCCUUUGCUCCCACCACACCCACAAUUCCCCUAUCAGAAUCUACGAGUACAAGAAUGGUUGUAAGUAUGGUUGGAAAAUUGUGAAAACAACUGUAUGGAAGUGGGAUUUUUAGUAUAACCAAGGCUGUAUGGUUUUGUCUAUGUGAUGAUGGGUAUGACUUUGUGACGCUGAUUGAAUGAUCAAGGUGUGACUGUGAAUGUGUGGCUAAGGGUGUGAGUAUGAAUGUCUGUCGUUGGAUGCAAUGUUGGUCCUUGGCUGCCUCGUCAGUGCACACCAUCAGUCCCCACAUCAUGCACUACCCUGUUCCCUAUCUUCUCUGCCCAGGGCAUAGGAGCCCAUGGGAAAUAGCAAUCCUACAAGAGAAAGGGAUCUGUGGCAAUAGACCAAAAAAGAGGGGCAAAGAAUGUCACAGGAUAAACAGCUCCUCUCCACCUACCUCUGACUCACCUGGAGCCCCAGGUAAAAAGCAUGCAGAUAAAAGGUAAGGGAGGAGAGAGAAGGCAGUAUCCAGGCUGAGCAACAUGAAGAGGCCCUCACCUACCAGCAGCCUCCUGCUGUUAUUGUUGCUUCUGAGCCCAGACACUGGAGCAGCAGUGCUACUGCCACCCAGUACUACCUGCUGUACCCAGCUCUACCGACAGCCACUCUCAAACAACCUACUGAGGAAGGUCAUCCGGGUAGAACUGCAGAAGGCUGAUGGGGACUGUCAUCUCCAAGCUUUUGUGCUUCAUCUGGCUCGACGCAGUGUCUGCAUCCAUCCCCAGAACCGUAGUCUGGUUCAGUGGUUUGAGCACCAAGGGAGGAGACACCGGGGGACUCAACCCAACCUGAAUUUUGGGCUGCUAGGGAAAGUGGGUUGGAGCCCCCAACAGCCAAAAUAAUAAAGCAACUUUGGACAAUAA